AUGUCGAGCUGGGUAUAUCUGGCACCAAAGAGCGAACCAACGAAAUACACGAAAGAGUUCGGAUUAGGAACGGCAGAAAGAAGUGAGGCGUUUGUUGGCAGCGUUCGCAAAGAAAACGGAUCAUACGGAAACGGUCAUACAAAGACUUCGCCCGGCGAAAAAACAAUUCCGGCGAUCGUGGUAACCAGGGAAAAGGAGGAGAUAAUGGACAUCAAAGUUGCAAGUCUAGGGGACGAAACAGAAGGAAAGUUAGAAAUAAAAAUGGAAACGGAAGUCAUAGACCGGGUACGUGGAUGGGGCAUCCGGUACCAAGAAACAACAAACCCACUGGAGUUCCUAAGCAAAAUGGAACAUUGGGCUGGCGGAUACGGAAUACGGAAGGACCAGCUGAUACAGACGAUGCCAUUCGUCCUGGAGGGGAUCGCGAGUGAUUGGUGGAACAACACGACGAGCAGGAUCGUAACAUGGACGCAGUUCAGAACAGAACUGCUGGAAUACUUUUUACCACCAAGGUAUGAGGAACAGUUAGAGAAUCAGAUUGCACAGAUGAAGCAGAGAGAAACGGAGCCCGUAAGAGAAUACGCAAUCGGACUAAGAAAACUGAUGCAAUUCACGAAACUCUUAGAGGAGGCCAAACUGGACCGAGUGUACAGAAACAGCAGGAGCAAGAUAAAGCUGUACGCUAGGAGGGCAGGAUUCAACUCGUUGACUGAGUUUCUCAAACUAACGGAAGAGGUAGAAGGAAUAGAGGCAGAGGACCGGACACAGUCAAGCCAAACUGUGCAGCAGCUAAGACCGGAGAUAUGCAUGCGCUGUGGAGGAACCGGACAUGGGCCACGCACGAGUAACAAUCCACCGAGGCUGUUUUGCUGGAUCUGCCGGGAAACGCAGGAGGCCUGA